AUGAAAAGACUACUAACUAUAGAUAGAUAUCUUGUUCUGGACAUUCUUGGACAGGGUACAUUUGGACAGGUUGUUAAGUGCCAGAAUAUGUACAACAAGGAGAUCGUUGCUGUUAAAGUUAUCAAAAACAAGCCAGCUUACCUUAAUCAGAGUAUGAUGGAAGUUUCCAUUUUAGAGCACUUGAAUACCUAUGUUGACAAAAAUGAUGAGCAUAAUUUGCUUAGGCUCAAAGAUAGGUUUAUGCACAAGGAACAUUUGUGCUUAGUAUUCGAGUUAUUAAGCAGUAAUUUGUAUGAGUUGAUUCGACAAAACCAGUUCCAUGGUCUAAGUACCAAUCUAGUGCGCGUGUUUGCUCAGCAGUUACUUGACUCACUUACAGUGUUGAAGGAAUCUCGUCUGAUCCAUUGUGAUUUAAAGCCUGAAAACAUUCUGCUGAAGAGUUUGGAUUCCCCAGUAAUUAAGGUAAUUGACUUUGGCUCAGCUUGUCAUGAGAGACAGACUGUUUACACAUAUAUUCAGUCAAGAUUUUAUCGGUCUCCAGAAGUGAUCUUAGGUUUACCAUACACUACCUCCAUAGAUAUGUGGUCAUUAGGAUGUAUUGUAGCCGAGUUAUUUUUAGGGUUGCCUAUUUUUCCAGGAACAUCAGAGUAUAACCAGCUGUGCAGAAUCACAGAGACAUUAGGUAAUCCACCUAACUGGAUGAUUGAAAUGGGAAAAAAUAGUGGUCAGUUCAUGGAGAAAUAUAUAGAUGAAUUUGGUCGCAAACAAUACAGGUUGAAGUCCCGGGAAAAAUACUCACGCGAAUUUAAUUGUGAUGAGCAACCGAGUAAGAGAUACUUCCCAUCAACCAAUCUAAGAGAGAUCAUUAGAGAUUAUCGAUUGCCUAGGCAGAACAUGAGCAAAGAGGAAAUUGACCGGGAAAUGCAAAACAGAUUGGCGUUUGUUGAUUUUGUACAAGGGUUACUAAAUUUGAAUCCAUUUGAACGUUGGACUCCCCAACAAGCAGCAAUGCAUCCAUUUAUAACUGAGAGCAAGUUUGUGGGACCAUUUGUACCAAGUUCUGUGGUAAAGGGGCCAACUCCUGUGGCGACCCCACCUCCUCCUCAGCAAAACCAGCAGCAACAACAGCAACAACUACCGACACAGAUGCAGCCACAAGUACAGCCUCAACCUUCUCAUCAGCUUCAAGCUCCUCUUCAGCCUCUGCAGUCCCAGCCAUUACUGCCUAUUCAAGCUCAACCUGUGAUCUCCGGUGCAAGAUCAAACAAGUUACAGCCAGAACCUGUGAAUACUGGUCAUCAUGUUGUUGGAUCCAAUACAUAUUAUAAUAAUAAUAUUGGCACCAAUGGAGAUGCCAGGCAACAUGCUCUGCAGCACCAGGCUCAGCAAACACAGCAUCAGGCACAAGCAAAAUAUCUUGAAACGACCCCUUCGAUUCCACAUCAACAUCAGGAGCAGAAAUCUCACUACCAUCCACCACAUAACCAGGCUACCAGAAGACAGAGAGCUACAACUAUUGGUCAGCUGGAUGCAAUUCCAGGUCCUAUUCAAAGGGCUACUGCUUUAAUGAACCCCACGAAUCUCAUCCGGGCACAGCCAAGCCCUGCUUAUAUCCCACCUCCAGAUAUUUACGCUAUGCAUGGAGGAGGCCCUAAUGUGGGAUCAAAUCUUGCAACAGCGUCUGUUUUGAAUAGCGAUGGGGUCAAUACUGGGUUGGGAUCUGUUCACCAUGGAGAUGGACAAAGCAAACUUCGUGAAGUCAAUCAACAAAAUCCACCCUCAUCGAAUCAGUACGAGGUCGUGAGGAACCUCGAAGAUGGACUGUCAUAUAUGAGUUAG